UGUGUGUGUAUGUGCGCGCUGUGAGCCUGACUGCGUACCCGAAAACCGUGUGACGGAUGCCUUGCAUAGAGAAUAAGCUUUCUGUUUUUGGAAUUUCAAAUGUGUCCGUGUGAUAGAUUCUGUGGGAAAACUUGCAGGUGCAACUGAAAGGAGGGGAGGAAGCAGCGUGGACGCACGUGAAUCUCUCACUUCUCCAAAGCCAGGAAAUAGAAAGGAGGAACGCGUUACCAGCAAGUGCCGCAAAUUGGACUUUUCCACCAUCAGCAGCCCUCCUCUCUCUCCUCUCUCCUCUCUCCUCUCUUUCGCCAUCCCUGCUCCUCCUCUGUAGGACUCCCCACUUACUCCCAUCCAGCCUCAUUCUCUUAGUCUCCUUCACUCAUCCCAGAAUAGCCUCACACCGGAGGAGCGCUCUCUAAAUAUCAGAGGGGAGGUUUCUUUUUUUUUUUUCUUGUGGAUUUCGGGGUGACUUGGGAGCCGCUGGAGAGGAUGGAUUAAAGGGACGGUGUGCAGACACGCCAAACUGGAGCAGCACGCACGACCACGCCGGGGGGGAAGGGGGCGACGGGACUCGGUGAAUUCACGGAGCCCCCGGGACAGAGGCUGUGACUGGUCCCACCCCAAGAUGACGUCCCCCAAAAACAAAGCCAAGAAGAAACCACCCAAAGACAGCAUCACGCUGCUGCCAUGCUUUUAUUUUGUAGAGCUCCCCAUCGUCCUCUCCUCCUUGGUGUCCCUGUACUUCCUGGAGCUGACAGAUGUGUUGUCCCCGGCGAUGGUGGGCUUCCGCUGCCAUGACCGUGACCUCUCCAUGCCCUACGUGGAGACGGGUGAUGAGCUCAUCCCUUUGCUGAUGCUGCUGAGUUUGGCCUUCGCUGGUCCUGCAGCAUCUAUCAUGCUGGGGGAGGGCCUCAUGUACUGUUUGCAGUCCAAACUGAAGACGUGUCCCAAGUCGGAGAGCAGCAUCAACGCUGGAGGCUGCAGCUUCAACUCCUUCCUACGCAGAACAGUGCGCUUCGUCGGUGUUCAUGUGUUCGGUCUCCUGGCAACAGCCUUGGUGACAGAUGUCAUCCAGUUAGCGACCGGUUACCACGCCCCGUUCUUCCUCACCGUCUGCCAGCCCAAUUACACGGCCCCAGGAGUGUCAUGUGACAAUAAUGCCUACAUCACACGGGACAUCUGCAUGGGGAAAGAUCAGUAUGCCAUCAUGUCAGCGAGGAAAACAUUUCCAUCCCAGCAUGCAACGCUCUCUGGCUUCGCUGCUGUCUAUAUCUCCAUGUACUUUAACGCCAGCAUCAGCAGCACGACCAAGCUGCUGAAGCCGCUGCUGGUGUUUGCUUUCUGCAUGGCGGCGGGCCUCGCCGGGCUGACACAGAUAACUCAGCACCGCAGUCACCCAAUAGACGUCUACGUGGGAUACCUCAUAGGAGCCGGCAUCGGAGUCUACCUGGCUGUGUAUGCAGUGGGAAACUUCAAAGCAUCAGACGAAGAUGCUCCCUCUUUGCAGAGGCUGGCCCCGGCUCAGCAGAAGGACAGCCUGAGGGUGCUGAGCCAGCGGGGUCAUGACUCCCUGUACAGGAAGACUCCCAGGGUGUCUGAGAGCAGAGAGGAGCUGGGGGCCGGGCUGGGGUCUGGGGCUCGCAGUAAGGUGAGGAGGGAGAAGGCAUCCUUGGCUUCCCUUAAACGAGCGAGCGCCGAUGUGGAGCUCCUUGCGACCCGAGGUCCCAUGGGCAAGGAAACCAUGGUAACCUUCAGCAACACCUUACCCCGAGUCGCAAACGGGAACAGCCCCAUCUCCCCCUCAGAUGAGCUCCCCACCACGCAGCGUCACAUGACCUUCCACGUGCCCUUUGACCCCCAGAGGUCUCGGCAGCUGGUGUCAGAGUGGAGGCAGCGCUCGCUGGAGCUGCGCAGCCAGAGCUCACGAGACGAGGAGGAGGGGAUGGACGGGAGGGAUGGAGGAGAUGAAGGAGGAGCAGCGGCGGGAGAAGGAGAUCAGGAGAUGCCUUCGUCUCUUUAUCCCACAGUGCAAGCCAACAAGGGCACCGCCACGCCAACCGGAGCCAGGAUGGUGGUGGCGCCCCCGCUCGUUCACAUCCCAGAGGAGGCCACUCGGCCGCCUCCUGUUUCUCCGAAGAGCGCCAAGACGCGCGCCAAGUGGCUGUCGCUCACCGAGGGAGGAGGGGUGAAGGAGCCGGGGACGGGGCCCAUCGCGGUGUCGACUCCUCGUGUCCCCAACACGCAGCCCAACCAGCCGCCCAGCCAGCAGAGAGUCACUCAGGUGAUAGCCAUGUCCAAGCAGCAGGGUCAUGGAGUCACUUCCUCCACUAAGACAUCAGAAGGUGGCUCCUCCUCAGGCGGAGGGUCCAACUGCUCCGAGUCGCCCUACUACCGGAUCCCGUCUGAUCGAGACAGCUGCACCGGGAGCAACCCAGGGAGCAUUGCCGGGAGCGGAAGCAUCGUUACAAUUGACGCUCACGCCCCUCACCACCCGGUGGUGCGUGUGUCGGCCAGUAACGGCAAGCCGUGGGAGUGGAGGAACACCAUCAGCGGUAAUAUGAUGGCCGCCGACACGGCAGGGGAUAAACACCGCGUGGCGUUGCAGCGACAGGACAAUGUCAGUCACUACCGGGAUUACCGGACACUCCCCGUGAAAACGGACUCGCUCUGCUCCUCCUCAGCCAGCGGCAGCGCCGAAGGAGGACAGGAGCUGCCUCCCCCGCCUCUCCCCACCUCCUCCUCCCCCCUGCCUCCACCUCCCCAGCUGUUGUCAUCCCCUCUACCCCCACCGCCUCCUCACUCUUCUUCCUCUCCCUUGCCUCCCCCUCCACACCCAAGCACCUCUCCAUUGCCUCCAAACCUCCCUCACCCUGCCUCCUCCCACAUGCCUCCCCCUCCUCACCUGUCCUCUCAGAUGUCCCCACCACCCCUCCCAGUGUCCUCUCACAUGCCCCCACCUCCUCACCCGUCCCACUCCCACAUGCCCCCACCUCCUCACCCAUCCUCCUGUCAAAUGCCCCCACCUCCACAUUCCUCCUCUUCCCCUAUGCCACCUCCACCUCACCCCUCAUCCUCCAUGCCUCCACCUCCUCACCCGUCCUGCUCCAGCAUGCUCCCCCCUCCUCCCCAUCCCGACUUGCUGAUGGACAGCCACAGCCAGGCGCUGUCCCGCUCCUCCACCCUGCCUCGUCGGCCCUCUGUCUCCGCCCGCAGCCACGCCGAGCAGGAGCACUACUACAAGGCCAUGCAAAACGAGAGGAUGUUAUAGUAAAGACAUCAUUGUCAUGUCAAUGAUUGUGCUUCAGAGGACUCAGCUGAAAGAGACAGCGAAACAAAAUAGAUUGUGGCAGGUGAAUAGAGAUUUAUGACUUUAGAAAAAUGACAAAAAGGUUUCGAGACUCUGAUACCAGAGCAGACGCUUUGGUCAGAACGCUGCAAAGGAAGAGGCAGCAGCAGGAGUGGAGGAGCACGGGGAGGUCUGGCAGCUCACACGCACUCAGCGGGGAAUCUCGUUUUCUCCUGCUCACACGUACUGCCCACAGCGCCGGCUCAGCGACACUGACUGGGAAAAGAACAGACAAGAGAAGAAAGGGGAGUCAAAGAGAGAGCAGGGUGCAGAAUUAAAAAACCCGAGAUUCAGCACGCACAUCCUCCGUGUUCCUUUAAAGCACAUUCAGCGAAGGAGUGGGAGAGGCUGCAGCUGAAAGAGAGAUAUCACAAUGAACGGUCUGGGAUUUGCUAAAUCAAGUUUCCCUUGAGAGGAGGGAUAAGACUGAGAAAACAAAACAACUACAGGCAAUACUUGCUCUCCUUAAACUAGCGCAGCUGUUUGAGGUUGCCAGCUAUUACACACAGAGAAUUUGCCGUCGUAACCAGCUGAAAAACUUGUGCUUUAAAGUGCCCAAAAGCUCUGAGUAAAGAAAAGAAUGCAGUAAUGUUAAGUUCAACCACAGGUUCAAGAGUAUUAGCCACAACUCACAAAAGCAUGAGAGUGUUUUUGCCCCUCUGAAUACACAAACCAAAAUGGGGAAUUUUAUGUUUGACACCAAGCAAAUCUGUCAGUAUCCACCAGAGAGAGCCGGCUUAGGAAGCGCUGCCUCUGGUUGGGGUGUGAGAAGGAGGAGGAGGAGGGCUGGGCAUAAGGAGGAUCACGCACAGUUGGGUACCCCAAUACAGACGUCACCGAAUGGAUUACUGCUGUAAACAUGAGAGGCGGUGGAAUGGAAAGAGAAUUGUUCCUUAAGUGAAGAGGGUGGUUGGGCCGCGCGGCGCAGCGAGCUCGGCAGCCAGUCUGUCUUUGCUGUGUGCAAAACCUGCCACAGUGCCUGAAGCAGCACUAAGGAGAUUAACGUUUGUUUAUCAAACCAUGCUAGCGCACUCUUCCCUCCGCAGCCCUUUGCAUUUGGCCCUCUGGCAAAUCACAAUGGUGACGGCACUGUUAAUGGAAAGCUGCCCAGCCAGGAGUGCGGCAUCACCACCAACAUGCACACUGGCUCAAACAGGUGCUGGUGGGAUGCAGCUUACAGGCUUGUGUUGCUAGCCGUGUCUGUACCUGUUAGCAUUUCAGAGGUUUUGGUAUCACUUUCUAACUGUGCAAUAUUUUAUCAAUGAUCAUUUAUCGAUUUUUCUUUAUAGAUCAGUAUUAAGACAUUCUUAAGAGCAACUUUUGGGUUGUCAGGAUGUAAAUCUUGGAACCUUUCGGCUAUCGGCCUGAUGACAAUUUAGCCUCUGGGGGCAAUGGCCAAUAUUUAAGGGGUUGUGGCGUAGCUAGCGUGUAUCCAGACCAAGACUUUACCCUUCCAUACAUCGGUCAUUGUUAACAGUCCGAUUAGCUACUUGAGAUGCAAGAAUGGAGUUGGUCCAGAUCCAGAUGACGUUACAGCUAAUCUUUAUAAACAGAUAUCUACACAUUAAUGCAGAUAAAUUAAAACAAUAAAAGCUAAUAAAAAAAGCCAGACAAUAGCCACUGGGUUCCAAAUGUUAAUGUCAUGAAAUGUAAAUGGUUAACCGCUAACGAAAUAUUUUAAGGUUACGCAUGUCAGUUCAUUUUACUGCCCUUCAGUUUACUGCAAUGUGCAUCACCCGGCUCCGGUGGGAGCUAGCUAGCAACAGUAAUUCAGAGUUUUCCGCCAGUCCUGACCCAACAGCGUUGCAGUAAAAAUGUGCCUACCCCUUGGUCUCCUCUCAGGUCGCACCGGUGAGUAAGUGGCUAAAUUUUUUGCUGUAAAACCCCUUUCUAUGCAAUCCCUGUUAGCACUGUUAGCAGUGUCAGCAAGGCUAGUAGUGCUAACAAUGCUAAAGGGCAUUGUGGCUCAAAACAAAGCACGCACAUGGGCGGGAGACCAGAGGAUGGCCACCAUGUUGUUUCCAUCAGCCUAUUUAGAUGCACAUCUAGAAGUAUCACAUUGGAAAAUCAUGAUGAAAACGCCAAAAUUCGAAUUAAAAUCCCCUGAUUCGCACAAACUAAAAUACGCUCGCUUUAGCCGGGUUUUGGUUGAUUCAAAAAAAUGUUGAUUCGCAAAACGGGGGUGGAAACAGUUAUGUUCGAAUUAAGUCUGACGUAGCGCACCUCUCUCCAUGGUGAUAUCCACACUCCGGGUCAGGAAGGCGGUAAUGCAUUUACAAGCUGGUUGCCAACCGCCAGAAAACAUAGAAGAAGAAGAAUGCAAGACUUGUUUUGUUUCCGGUUCUGCGGAAAACUCGCGAGUUCAUAGUUUUCACCAAAGUCCGUACAUUUAAUGGAAACACACAGGAUUCGUAUUUCUUUUAAUGCGCAUUUCCCAAUGAUUCGAAUCACUUUUGGAUGGAAACAUAGCUAGUAACCGCGAAAUGAGCGGCGCAGCUAGCAAGCUUCCAAUGGACUCGGGUGGUGCUCAAUGCAGAGCAGCCAAGGCUAACACUAUGUUUCUGCAUGUUAGCCCCAAGACAUUUACAUCACAAAAUAUUAAAAUUUCACCAACUCUAAAUGGAUAACAGUUGGUGCUUUGAAAUGAGAAGCUAAAGCUCACUGAGUCAGUGAAGCACCAUGCGUUUUUCUUAAAAAUUAACCAGUUAGUAUUAAAAAUAUUAAGAUGUACAAUUUACAACAACAACAACAAAUUACAAAUGAAUACAUGAAGCCUUAAGAGUCUUUGCAAAUUAGAGUCCUUUUCAGAUGUUUUUGAAUAACGAUGUCGAUGAUUGUAGAGAUGGAGGAAGGUUGUUCCAAAGAGAUGGUCCUCUGUAUUUCAAUGAGUAUUGAUUAAGAAAAGUCCGACAAUAUAAAAGAUAAAGGUCCUUAGAGUGACUUGUGGAAUACACACAGCUACAUGACAUCAAAGCCUGCUAAAACAUGUUUGGUCAAUUCUACUCGGACUACAAACUGAAACCAGAACACCUCCAAUACCGAAAUAAAUUGUGCCCUGUUGCAUACAGAUUCUGCAUACAUAUGCAGAUAUCUGUUUAUAGAGAUUGUAAAUAUUUUUCAUCAGUGUGCAUCUUUUUCUAUAGCUGUUUAAUUUUUCAGGAAGAGCUCUGCAGGAAACCCAAGUAAUGUUUACAAUGUUUACAGCUCCAGACUUUAUUCCUCUAUCCAGCCACCCAUUAUCUACACCCGUUUAUCCAGGGUUAUGAGACAUCUAUCUACCACGGGGCUUCCCUUAUUUAAGUACGCCUUAUUAGAAAGUGAUACCAAGAUUUUUUUUGUUCCUCUGUUUACAUGAAAUAAGUUAGAUGACCGUGUGAACAGCCAACCAACACAAAAACAGGCCAGCACAAGCUUAAAAAGAUGUUGGCAAAACAGUCUCAGCUAAAGGUCAACUUGCUUGUUUGCUAUCCCGCAGCACAGAGUCCUCAUCAGCAGAUGUUGUUUCCACAGUUGUCAUGGAAAUAUGGGCAAAAUACAUUGGCUGAUGAGGACCGUGAAAAGCGGUCAAAAGGUCCAGAACAAGUGAAUAAGUGCACCUUUAGUUGAGAUUGUUUUGUCAACUGCUGAUUCAUACAGUAGGUCAAGAAAGAGUCGUCCACUUAAAGGUUAGUUCUUGACUUAAUAGGUGAAACAAUUAACCGUAGAAUUAAUCCAAUUAUUAACUGCUAAUAAUAGUAACAGUGGUUGCAGGCUUCAGAGCGACAUCAAGUUGAGAGGAAGUGCGUGUUCUUCCUGCUCUCCCCUGCCUCUUGUGUGUAUUUAUACCAUGUUGUAUAAAGUCGUUAUCUGGUACCUAUCAUUUCAUACAAGUCUUUUUCUAACUAUCAGAAGAUAUUCCGUCCAAUGACAAGUGCUUUAUUUUAGGUCGUACUUUGAUCAUAUUUUAACGAGAGAUCCAGACUCACAAACACACAGAUGAAAGAGCUGGUUUUCACCCAUGCGCCACAAGCAUCUGAAGGCUACAUGAACUGAUUUUCGUAACGUUGUGCCAGGAAGGGGCGAGUUUAAAUGGAACAAGUUGUAUUUUGUAGUGGAGCUCCCUCUGAUGAGGAGCUGGUAGAAUAAUGUUGCUCGUCGGUUUGUGCUGCAUGUGUGUGUGUACGAGCGUGUUUUUUUGUUUUUUUUUUAAAGACUUCUGUGCUUCAGGUCUGCGCCGUCGCCUUUGACGGACAGACGUGCUGCAUUUUUCAGUGCUGGUGAUUAUCGUACUACUUCCCCCCCCCAUUUUGACUGUAAAAAUACUUGAUAUUACCUAAUAUUAUUAAUACUAUUAUUAUUUCAGUCCUCUUUUAUGGGCUGAUGUUUUCUAUCUGUGGUGAUGUGUAACAUUAAUAACCCGAUUGAAUAAAAAAGCCAAGACUU